UCAAGCAUACCUACUGCAAUGUGAUACUUUCACAAUGCUCAGUGUUGAAGUGACGUCCCUGAGAGUAGGAUCAUGCGAGGACUUACGCUAAUUCUUACAUGUCUCUUGACAUAUUUUACUGGAUCUGAAGCGCUUGAAAAUGUCAUCCGGGAUGUGCCAUUUCGUAGCGAGAAACAUUUUCAUACUUCAAACGAACUGACGGAUCGACAAGUCCUGGUGCUCUCGGAAAUGACGGACAUGGCUCAUAUGAACGAAAUUCUUGAUAACAUUUGCAUACCAAGAGUAGUGGGUACACCAGGCCAUACUGAUGUAAAGAAUUACAUCAAAAAAUCAAUGAAGGAUCUGGGAUGGGAAGUGGAAUCUGAUCCGUUCGACGAAAAAACACCGAAUUUUGGUAUACUACAUUUUGAAAAUAUUGUAGCCACACACAAUCCAAAUGCUAGACGAUAUUUGGCAUUGGCUUGUCAUUAUGACUCGAAAUAUACCAGAGAAGGGAGCUUCAUCGGGGCCACGGACAGCGCUGUUCCCUGUGCACAGCUCAUUAACCUUGCGAAAGUCAUGAAGCAGCAACUAGACAAAAUAAAAAAGCAAGACGUAAGCCUCAUGUUUAUAUUCUUUGACGGGGAAGAAGCUUUCCAGUCGUGGGGCCCAAAGGACUCAAUUUACGGUGCCCGACAUCUUGCCAAAAAAUGGUAUAUGACACGAUCGAAACAUAGUCGAGAAAAUGACGUCAGGGAACUGGAUAAAAUGGACAUGCUCUUACUUUUGGAUCUAAUUGGAGCACCUGAUCCCACGUUCUACAAUUAUUUUGAGAACACUCAGAGGUGGUAUAACGUCUUGGUAGAUGCUGAGAACACUCUAGCGCGUUUGAGAAAAUUAGAAGACUACUCUUACGGAAAACCUCAGCAGAGAUACUUCCAGCCUUAUUCCAUCCAGGCACAUAUAGAAGACGAUCAUAUUCCAUUUAUGAGAAGAAACGUACCGAUCUUACAUCUUAUACCAUACCCGUUUCCACCGUUCUGGCACGAAUCGGGUGAUAAUAGAAGUAAUAUAGAUUUGGUUACCACGGAGAACAUCAAUAGGAUCAUCAGAGUGUUUGUCGCCUCCUAUUUACGCAUUGACAUCUAAUGAUUGGGCAAACGACGGAAACUGGUUGUGUAAUUUAAAGGAAAACGAAGGAAGAAGAAAUAGAAGCAUUCCAACAUAUCUGCACAUGCAACGCACUCUCUCAAUUGUCAAUUCUGAACCAAAAUCUGCCAAAUUUCCGGAGGAUAUAUGAAUUUGUCUGAGAAACGUUAUUAUGAAUAAAUGAUAUUUUUUUCAUAUUUCUAUUGUAAAGUGAGGAGCUUGGAUGAUAACUUUUCAAUUUCAAUCACGAAAAUCGUAAAUAGGAGAUUUUUACAAAGUUUUUUUUCCCCCUAAAGCGCAGUUAGCGACUCAGGGUUUUUUUCUCGUAUAGUACAAAUCAAUGUAUUGCCGGCACAUAUGUUUUAUUUACACGACGGCAUCAUGGCUGUUGGUAAGCUCUAAUAGAACAUAUUGAUUUAGCGUUAGUAUGUAUUUGAAAUUGAAUCGAUGAGAAUCUAUAUUGAAGUGUCGAUUUGUGUCAUAAAAGGAAAAAAUUGCCUAACACCUAAAUUUUCACAAUUGGAAGCUCAAGAUUGUGAUUAGAAAUCUUUAAUCAACUUUAAUUUAUCAAUGCUGUAAUAACAAUGAGAGGCUUCUCAAAAUAUUUCAGAGAUGGCAGCACAUGCACUAUCAUGAAAUAAAAUUUUACCUUCAGAUCUAUAAUGUGAAAUGUCAGUACUAGGAAUAUUAAUAACUAAACAAAAUAACAAUAAAUGAAGAAUGCAAAA